AUGAUACAAGAAAGCAGUGUAACUAGCAAGAUAAUCCUGUCUCUCUCUGAAGUAUUGUGGCCUUGCACACUAUUCUUAAUUCUGGCUGCAGUUCGUUUCCAGGAACCUCCCAAACACAAGGAACACUGUUAUCUAGAAGCCCGAGAUUUGCCAAAUCGUGGCCUUUAUCCUUUUGUUCAGAGCCUCUUUUGUAAUGUUGGCUCAAGGUGCAAGAACAGCAGUUAUUCCACUCCAAAAAACAACAGUUUCCGAAAUGAUGUGGUCUUUGCUCCUCCUACAAAAAGAGCCUCCAAUUUCCAAGAUGGUCCAGAGAGUCUUUUGGGAAAUGACAUGGCCUUCCUGAAAGAAAUACAAGACCUUGCAGAGGAAAUCUUAGAGACUACUGAGAAAGCCAUUGUUUUACAAAAAGUGUGGGGAAAAGAAUCAAAGUUAUCAGGGGUGAACAACAGCUCUGUUUUGUUAGCUAAUCAUAUGAAGGUAUUACCCAACGUAAUAGAUGUCAUCUUUAUCAAAUCACUAAUCAGAGUGGAUUUGAAUAAAGCAGAAGAGAUCAUUUCUACAGUUGAAAGCCUUUACAAACAACCCUACUUUUGGGACCUUCUUCACUUGCUCCCUGGACUGCAGGCAAGCAGCCUUUACAAAGAUGAUUUGAUACAUACUCUAGCACAGUUUCUGGAGACCUUUAAAAAUUCCAUAACAUCUUUGGAAGAGUUCGAUGUAAUGCCAUCAAACCAAAGUUUCUACAGAGCAGUGAAAUUAGGACUGAAUACCUCUAUCACAGCACUACAUUUCUUAGAAGACUGGAGCCUGGAAGGUUCUCAGUAUAACCUUUCUCUUUGGGAUGUGAUGUGGGAUCCAUAUGCAGUCAAAAUGGAACUUGAAUCCAGAUUUGGUUUCAGUGAACUUCAUGCUAAGAAACUUCUGAAUGAUAUGGCAGUGUUAAAUAAGAUUCCCACUGAAGACACACUGGAGCAUUUUGUGUGCUCAGCCCUGUCCAACAUGUCAGAAGCCGGAGCUGACAGUCAGGAUAAUGAGGGUGGCUGUAUCCCUGCAUGGCUGGAGGCCAAACUCUAUCUUGUCUGUUCUGUCAACAAGAUCAAACUCUACACACAGAUAUUUCAGCAGUGGUUCGGCAGCAGCAAGUUUCGAAAAAUCCUUUCUGAACUUGGAGGAAAUAUGGUUGAUCUUGUGUCUCAAUAUUCAAACGACAGUGAGGCCUUGAAGAUUGCUUCAGCGAUAAAUACCCUUAUCCAGUAUUGGAGUGAGACACUGGAACCAAAUUUUCCAGAAAGGCAUAAUGAAACUCAGGACAUUAUUCUGCAGGUGGAGAAACUACAGACUCUGACUGAAAAUUUGCCUCAAUGGUCUCUUAUGAAGAGGCUGAUUCUGGUAGACGGAGCUUUGAGGAAUAUAAUAACUCAGAAUUUAUAUUUCACUAAAGGUCUUCUGCAGAAAGUAAUUCAUGGACAACAGAGCCUGCCAGAUUCAAUAAUGGAAGAGUUUUUGGGAUGGCAAGAAAUAGAACAGCAGCUCGCUGAAAAUAGUGCUUCUUACUGUAAAAUUAAUCAGCUGCUGAGCACAAAGGCACCAUCUGGAGAGGAUGUCUAUUUCAGCUUUUGUCAGGAGCAGCUGUUCCUCUCAUUAGUUAUUCGUACACUUGAAGAAAUAUGGUUUGGUUUUGAGGAGAUCCCACACUGGAAGGACGUAACAACAGUUGUCAGGACAACGUGUGGCAUAGCUCAAUUUGUGAAUGAGGCAGAAGGCUUCAGAAGAGGUCAGUCAGAUUAUUUUGGAUCAUCCCUGUGUACUGGAAAAAAUCUCAAUUUUAAGGCCUUAAUUGAAAAUUAUUUAGCAUUUCUGCAAAACUUAUCAAAUUCCCCAUUUGCUUCAUGGGCAAGGAUUUUGACAUCUGUCAAAGAGCUUCUGACAAGUGAAGAAAACUUACAAAUUCCUGAAGAGAAAGGAGACAUAGUUAACAGCUUGCGCCUUGCAGAAUUCGUACAAGAAAAUUUGAUGCCUGGUUCUUUGGCUUCUUCAAGCCUUCAAGACACCCAAUCCCUCCUAGACACAGUGUUGAAUAAUGCUAUUACAUGGAUUAACGGUUUUGCCAGUGUGGAGACAAAUGAGUCUGCUGUAGAUUUUCAUCCAUUUUCUGACCUCAGUAAAAAGCUACUAGAGAAUUUUCAACUUGUUUCAAGGCUCUGGCCAAAUGAGCAGGCUGAAGUAUUUUGGGAAAUGGUGGAACUGGUCUUGUAUGAGCUUGAUCCUAAACUACUACACCUCUUGAUGAGUACAAGUUCAACUGGAGAAGCAGAGAACUUGGAGAACUUCUUAUCUAAAAUUGUGUUCUCUGUUCCAGAAAAUCAGAAAGUCCUUAAUAAAAGCCUUCGGUUUUUCCAAAACAUCCGCAUACAUUGGCCUCAAUGGAAUGUUGGUGACAUAAAGGUUGUAAACAAUUUCUGUGAAAACUUCAUAAGGAGUCUGUAUGAGGUUGGGUUAUUGACCCAAGAACAUGUCAGUACAGCUCUUAGUACCAUGGACAAAAUGAGAAAUCUGUCUUGUAUUCUACUCUCCAAUGGAACUGCUGUAUCUAAAGUACAAGACACAGGGAAAAUUGUGUCUGAUUUCUACCAAAACAUCCCCAGGAUAGUGGAUAGUAAAGCUGCCUCACUUGUUGAGAUGCUUUCCACUGUAUAUCAAAACAUCGAUCAACUCUUAAGAAUCCAGAGCAAUAGCUCUUUGUUAUCUUUCUUCCACAAAACUUCAAAAGACAUUUCAUCUGCUCGAAUACAGCUUGCUUUCCAAAACAUGAGCAUGGUUUUUGACUUUCUAUCUGAAAUUAUAACACUUCUUAAUGGUCUUACUCAGAAGCCUCUCUGUGAAAAGUUAGCAAGAGUUUACAACUACUUCAUCCUCCAGGCCCAGUCCCUUGCACAGAAAGGGGAACAAGAGGUACAAGUUGUAUAUAAAACUCUGGGGAGCCUUAAAGCUAUGUUUAUAGAAAAAGAGCUACGUACAGUUGCCUUUCAAUACUUAGAACAACUUUUUGACAUUCCACCAGAAAGCCUGUUAAAUAAUGAAUGUACUGAUUUUUAUGUUCUUGGCAUUCCUUCUGAGGAACCUUUAGUAAAGAGUUACAGCUCACUUUUUCUUCCACUGGUCAGCAUUCUGUCCAAUUCAACAGACUUCGGGGUAUCUGUGCCUUUUGCCAUGCAUUGCACCACUACCUGGCUUCAGAUGUGGACAGAGAUUCUUCAACAAGCUUCUGAAAUGUUAACACUGGAUUUAAAUUUUAUCACAUACCUAAAAAACGGCCUGACCCAGAUUUCUGAAGGGCUUGAAAAUAUAACCCAUGCUGAACCAUGCAAUGUGACAUUUGUAGUUAGUCCUGAAACUACAUCUGCAUUGAAUCUACUAGGCAUCAUAACAGGAGCUGGGAAAUUGAACAACUGGGAAGAUUUUGAUGCCUUCGAUGAUCUUAUAAGUGCACUUAAGAUUGCAAUUGAUAUCACCAGCAACCUUACAAGGAAAAGUCUGGAGGAAGCUUUCCAAACAAUGGAAACAGUGAUCACAGAAUUACAGAAAUCUCUGCUGAAGACUUUUAGCAGGGAGUUUUUAGAUUUCUGGGCUGGAAUUUUUGCUCCACUGAGUUCUGAAGUGGAAUAUAAGAAGAAAAACCUUUAUUCCAUUGGGCAUUCACUUUCAAGUAUCCUAAAGCUUUCUACAGAAGAGCUAAAAGAGACUGCUGGAUUCUUUAAAAACAUAUCUCAAGAUCGUUACCUAUUGGCUUGUGCCAACAUUCUCCAGAAUGUUUGACCCAAAAAUAUUUCACAAAUACCUUUCUGGUUUCAUACUGAUUACCUUCUAACCAUUGGUAAUAUCCUGAAUGGAGUAAAGGGUUGUAAUGAGUGGAUAGAUAUUAUCAGUAACCUCAGUGAGAAAUUAAUCUUCCCUUCCAACCUUGAAAACACAAGCCAUGUUUUAUUUCUGUUGUUGUCUCUGGGAAGUCUUGAUGAUAUGGAUUAUAGUCUAGAGAAUAUCCUGGAUAUUAUUAACAUGGCUUAUUUUAAUUUGGAAGAUUCUCUGUGUUUACAGAAUGGUUCUGAUGCACAUUGUAUGAAUAUUUAUUUCAACAUUAUAGAAAAAAUUUUAAAAUUCACCCAGCCAACAUCUUAUGUUAAAGGUGAUGCCCAUACACUUGACUUCAUCUUUAAGCUAUUAAAUAGCUCAGGGGGCCAAAUAGAAGCAAUUGUUAAACACUUAAUGAAGUACUCACAAUACACAUCUGACUUGAAACAGACAUAUUUCACUAAACUAAUCACUGGAGCCACUGAGAAUUCAAGUGAAGUCCCUAAUUUCUUUCAUAGUCACCAGCCUUCUUCAGUAGCCCACUGGAAAAGAAUUUGGAUUUUUCUGAACAACCGAACUGCUGCAAGCCUACGAAACAGCACAUCUCUUCUGGACAUUGUACAGCUCCUAAAUGAAUUAGAAGCGAUCUCCCAAGACAAAAAUAUAAGCUUGCUAAUGGAAUCCUUUGAACAUCUAAUAACUUACAUUGCAUCAAACUUGUCACAUAAUAUGCAAAACAUACCUCUGCAGAUGUUGAUGAAUACAGCAGCUAUUGAUGUUGAACUGGUUGGGAAAGCAUUAACGUUUUUAAAGUCUUUUAGCAUUACCAAUUUUCCAAUAAUAUUAGGUGAUAAAUUUCUAAAGCAUAUGGCAAAUUUUAUGCAAACCCUUGAGAAUACAGAUCUAGAAUUCUUAACAAAUCUGCUAGAACAGGCCUCUAAGAGCCUGCACAAAUUCUUUACAAAUAUUAAAGCUUUGAAGGUUGAGAAUCCUGUUUUGGGAACAUUGACAGGCUGGUUACAUAUGCUUGAGAACAAUUCACAUUUUUGGAACUUGACAAAUAUAUUGCCUGUCUUAGAAUUGUUUCAAGCUGAGCGUGAUGAUUUUGUAGAGGCACUUUACCUUCUUCCUGAUGUCUUCAGUCUUCUAGAGCAGUUACCUCACAACAGCAACAUCACUGAUGCCGUAAUUGAAGUAUUUACUUUCAUGUUGAGUCAGGAAACAAAUAUGUCAAUAUGUGCCAAGGAAGAUUUAUUUAGUAAAGCAAAUGGCCUCCUAAAGUUACUGGAGCUAGUAACAAAUAUGCCUGAUGAAUCUACAAAGGCCUUGAGUUGUCUCAGCACAGUUGCCUGCUGGAAUCUCACAACAACCAACCUGUUGGCUGAUCCUGCUUUGAAGCCUUGUAACUUAGAUUCUUCCUUUGUUUACAACAUGGUCACUGAUGCAUUUGAGCUACUGCAAUUGACAGCUCCUGCAGGAAAUUCUCUAUGCUCUAAUGAAGAUCUGCUGAGAGAGGCCUCUUACAAUGUGACUUGCUUUUUCUAUCAGCUCAAGGAGUGGAAUUCCUUUUUUUUGAAGUUUUCUGAGAUCCACCAUCUGGAUGAUGAAGUUCUGAUGGAUUUAGAGGAGUUUUGGGAUGAUCUGUCAGUCUCUCUUAUGUCUUCAGGAAACAGUAGUGUUCAUUCAAUUCGUUGCCCAUCCACACCAAAAAGGCAAGCUGCUUUGCAACUCAUAGAAGUAGUGAACAAUAUGACAACAGCAGACAUCGGGAGAGCCAGAGCUGUCUCUGACCAGUUAGCAGAUCUGCAUAGCCUUCUACGCUUGAAUGGAAGUGCAGGAACAUCAGUUAUAAACACUAUUCUUACUAAUUUAAAAAUCAUGGCCAAUGAUAUUUCUGGAAUGCUAGAUUCUGAGGAUGUCCUCUCCUUCCUUUCUGCAGCCCAGCCUUUAAUGGCACUCUCUCCAGUUGGAAACCAAACUUACAUGGUAUUCAUGGCAUUAGCAACUUUAAGUAGGAACAGUAGUAGUCUGUUUGAUAACUUUGAGGCCCUCUGGCUUGAUGCAGAGAAAAGCAUAUGGGAUUUACUGGUGAAUUUUGAUGUCAGCCACCUGCUCUCUGUGAUAAAAAAAGAAUUUCGACUACUAAGUACAGCAGCAGGACAAAACUCUUCACUAGCACUUGGUAGUUUCAUUAAAUGGUUUAAUUUGUCAUCCCUGGAAACCACAAUAACAAUUUUUGAGGGACUUCGAGAGAUUGAGAGAGACUGGCUGAAUGAGUACACUCAUAAAAAAUAUUCUAGAAUAAUAAAUGCACUAGUUCUCCUCAUGGCUAAUGAAAACUCAUCAGAUGAUCUCAUUGCAAUUAUCAAAGACAUCAUUGACUUUUUGGAGGUCUUCCAGAAUGGUUCUAGAGAUUAUUUCAAUAUUUCAUUUGUUACUGAUCUUCUUAAUGAAGAAAAGCUCAAUAAUGUUCAUGUUGCUCAUUUGAUUUUGCAGAACAGUAUGCUUAAUAUGAUCUCUGACUUUGUUACUGAAGAAGAGAUAAUGCACUUAAAUUCUACAGACCUUCAAAUAGAGGAUUUCAUUGAUUUGUUUUUUAACAAUACACAAUAUGAAAACUAUAGAAAAAAUACUGCUCCAUUCCAAAGUAGGAUAAUGGAAAUGGUAAAAGUGUUACUGCAGAUAUUUUUUCCAUCUUCUGCAGAAUAUUACAGGAACAAAAUAAUUGUCUUACUAAAAGACUUGUACAGGGAUAUAAUGGCAGAAAUGAGCAAAAUACCUUUAGACAUUAAUGAAAAUUUUCAAUCUACAUUCAGAAUUAUUUCUGCCACCCUAAUAAACACUAAACAAUAUUUCUGUUGCAGUAUAUUUCCCCGAGAUAAGAUAUUAGCUCUUCUGAAUUUGUAUUGGUUGAUCAAGCUACAGGAAGAAGUUGAUGGAUUGAAGGAAAAUAUAAUUUAUUCUAGUUUUAAAGAACAUCUGUAUGACCCACUCAAAGCCAUAUCAGAGGACGAGACACUUCACUUUGAUAGUGCAAAAGGACUCAAGUUUGUGAAGGAUUUGUUUAAUGUCCUAUUUGGAGAGUCUGCUGAAAAAAAUGGCACCCAAGAUGACUAUGAACUGUUUCAUUUUAUGAAUAAUUUGUUUAAUGCAAAUAAUUAAUGGAAACUUGUUCAGAUGACUAGAGAUCUUUCCACAGCUCUCCAAAUUAUGAGGCAAACUUUUGCAGAAAUGGGAAAGAUAGUGGAUAUUUUCAUGAGUAAUCACUCCAAAGAUUUCCCAGAUUUCUAUUUUUCUUUCUGGGAAAUGGACCUUGUCAGUUUAGCAGAACUGUUAAUCUCUUUAGACAAGGCAUUUCCUUUGAAAAAUAGAGAGGUAAUAGAAGCUACAAAAAGAUUACUUUAUCUUAUUUCAUGGAGCAGUAGCACUAACUACACUCAUGGACCAUUUUCAGAGACUGCUGAUUAUUUGAGCACUUUGCUGCAGGAAAGUGAUGAGUUUGCAAAGGUAACAGAAGUAGUAGAAGCUAUUGCUAAAUUUCUGGCAUGGUCCAAGAAAGCUUCAGAAAAGAUUGUUACCAUUUUUGAACAACCUUCUGACUCGGACACUAGACUACCUCUAUGUGUUCUAUCCAGUUCUUCAAAGAGCUGUUUGGGAGAUUUGGUGAAAGCAUUUCUUGAUUUGACCUACUUGUCUAUUCAGGUUGAUCAUUCCAGUUCAAAUGGCUCUGAGACUGUACUAGAAAGACUUGUUACAGUUGUUACCAGUGCAAAUAUAAACUCACCUAAUGAGACUGUCAGCCUAAUAGAGUACCUUCUUUGUAUUUUUGUACCAAUAAAUGCUAUUACUAGCAAAAUAGCUUUAGCUAGUACACUAAAUCUUACUCACAAUCCAACACAAGAAAAAAAAUGGGGUGAAAUUCAGGAAAUGAUUGCUAAGUUGCACACAAAAAAAUGCACAUCCAUAAAGGCUUUCAUCAGAGCUGUGGCUGAUCUGUUCCUGGGGGGGUUCUGGGAAAAUAAGUUAAAUGAAAAUGACUUAAAUCUGCUGCUGACUUAUGCAAACAACCAAGAUGACUUUCUGAGAGUUAUGGAAAUCAUUAUGCAAUUGUUCAAUUUAACAAAUAAUGUUUCUGAAAGAAACUUCAGCCUGAGGUCAUUUUUUGCCAGCCUUAUCAACCAAAAUAUAAGGUACCUUCAGAAAGAACAAUCCAGCUGGAAAACUGCUAUGGAGGUCUUAUUAAAUGAAAUUCCCUGGAUGGAGUUGCUGCAUUUAAAUAAUAACCAGCAGGUGAAUUCAACAAGAACCUUGGUCAAAACAUUGUUGGGGCCCUUUGUUAAUGGAAUCACUGGUGUAGCUGAUACAGACCAGCUACAAAAGAGUGCACAGAGGCUGAUGCAUGGUCUUAAAUGGACGUUCAAACGACUAUCAUCUUAUGAAAAAUAUGCCCAGAGACUGAUUGGCUUGACUGAAUAUUGGCAACAAGGCCCACUAAAUGAUCAAAGCUGUUGUCCUAAAAAUGAUUGCUAUUCUAUUGAUUUUUGUUUUUUUGUGUUUUUUUUGUUUAGUGUCUCUGAGAUGUGCCAGGUUUUCCAGAAGCAUUUAAGUCCUGCUAGUGUCUUACUGCUACAGAAUGUACAGAUAACAGCUUUGAGCAUACUUAAAAUUGUUGCAGAAAAACCAAGAGUCAUCAGCAACCUUAUCUGUGCUUUUACAAGCUGUAAAAAUGGCUUAACAAAGCAUCUUCUCCGUUCUGUUAUUGAAGGAAUCAGUUUGAUUCAUGAUCGGUACCAGGAUAUUGAAAAAACGUGGCCCAUUUCUAACCAAGGAGAUUGUGAGAAUGUUGUAAAUAUAAACAAGACGUUUUCUGGUACUCUGCAUAGCUUCCUGAGAACUUUACAAAACACCACUGAUAGCAGCUGUGAAUGUCAGCUCGUGUUAGAGGACAUCCAGAAGCAUGUACAAAUGUUGGCUGAAAACCUAGAGGCACUUUUGUCAGGAAACUCAGUAGCCGCUUUUCUCAGUAACUUCAGUCUACCGGAUGAUGUGAAAAUCAAAGACUUUGUGCAGAACCUUACUGAACUGACUCUGCAGCUUCAUUCCUCAGUCAAUAUCUCUGAAGAAACCAUAGACGUCAUCUUGGAAGGGAGUGGCUCGCAUUCCAAGUUUCUUUACAGUGUUCUUGCAGUAGCAUUAGCUGGAAGAUGUGACAAGGAGGUCCUUAGUCUCUUGCUGAUGCUUCCUGGAAAUGACCAAACUUCUCAGGCAGUGAAAGAACUUUGUGCUUUGCCAGUGCUGGACUUGUAUACUAUGAUUGUACUGUCUCAGAAUGUGAACUUGCGUAAUAUCAUUUAUAAGGUCAAGAUCCCUUCUGAGGUAGAUAACUUGCUUAACACCUUGUUGGAUCUAGUUUGUAGCAUCAGCUCUCUUCUAAACAAAGCCCAGCAUGUCAUGGAAAACCUUCCAAUGUUCUUCCAAGCCUUCAGAAAUAUGUCUCUACUGGACAUCUCUAUAUUCCAUCAGUUCUUACAGGGUGGUCAAUCGAGAAGUUCUGCUAUUGGAUCCCUUCACUCAGUAAUCAAGGCAGUCUGUAAAGAGGAAUCUUCAUUCUUCAGCAAUGCUAACAUGUUCAUUGACAUGCCCAGAAUAACAGAACUCUUGGAGGAGGAUAUGGCAAAAUACAGCAUUCCAAAAGACUCAACUCCAUUUUGCUUGCAGCUUUAUCAAGAAAUUUUGCAGUCGACUAAUGGGGCUUUGCUGCGGACCUUCCUGAAGCCCUUGCUACAUGGAAAGAUACUCUACACUUCCAACAUUAAAAAGGUCAAUCUGGUGAUGGAAAAGGCUAAUCACACAUUCAGUUUUGUGGAGAAUCUGAAGACUUAUGCAGAGACAUGGCUCAGGAUGUCCAAGAUGUUUAAACAUGGCGAAAAUUUCUUCAUGCUUAGUCAACUUCAGGAAGCUUUGCAAAACAGUUUUAUAAAGAACUUCGUAGAAAGUCACUUGAAUCUUGAUGUGGGAAAAUUUGUUGGCAAGCUGCAAAUAUAUGAGGCUAUGAUGGACAAGAUGCUCAACAACUCAGUGACUGAGCAGGUUGACCUAUUGUCACAGCUCAUGGUAAAUAUCUCCUCCUGUGUGUUACUGGAUCGCUUCCAGCCUUUGUCUGUUGAGAAAUUGGAGGCGAAGGCUCAUGAGCUCAUGCAACAAAACAAUUUCUUGGCUAGCAUCAUAUUCCAUACAUCAGACAACAAGGCACACACACAAAGUUCCACUGAUUACUUUCCUCCACACAUUUCAUAUACAGUCUGGACCAGUGUUCUGUUCAGCAUGAGAACAGAUUUGAUUAAAAACCCAAUGUGGAAAUUCCACCCGCAGAACCUGCCAGCUGAUGGAUUCAAAUACAACCACAUCUUCAUUCCACUGCAAGACAUGAUUGAAAGUGCAAUUGUUUCAGUGCAUGCUGGAACUGAUACUUCAGAGCCAGAAAUACAAGUGCAAGCUAUGCCGUAUCCAUGCCAUACAAGUGACCUAUUCUUGAACAACAUAGGGUUUUUUUUCCCACUCAUAAUGAUGCUAACAUGGAUGGUAUCUGUCGCUGGCAUGGUCCGGAAACUGGUUUAUGAGAGAGAAAUUUGUCUUGAAGAGUAUAUGAAGACAAUGGGCGUGCACCCAUCCAUUCAGUUCCUAGCCUGGUUUCUAGAGAAUAUAGCUGUACUUGCUAUAAGCAGCUGCACUCUGGUUGUCAUUUUAAAAGUGAGCGGCAUCUUUGCUUACAGCGACAGCUUCCUCAUCUUCCUCUUCUUCCUUGAUUUUGGAGUUGCAGUUGUUAUGCUAAGCUACCUGAUGGGCGCAUUUUUUAGCAGUGCCAAUACAGCAGCCCUCAGUGCCAGCCUUGUGUAUAUGAUAAGUUUUUUACCCUACAUAGUUUUGUUGGUUUUGCAGAACCAACUGAGUUUUGCCAACCAGACCAUUACUUGCCUUUUGUCUACAACUGCCUUUGGACAAGGGGUGUUUUUCAUUACAUUCUUUGAAGGCCAAGAAACAGGAAUUCAGUGGAGCAACAUGUACCAGACCUUGCCACAAGGAGGAUCUAUUACUUUUGGAUGGGCAUGCUGGAUGAUUUUCUUUGACUCAAUUAUGUGUUUUAUAGCUGGCUGGUAUUUCAGCAACACAAUUCCUGGUCGAUAUGGAUUAAGGGAGCCAUGGUACUUUCCCUUAACUGUCUCCUAUUGGAAGAACUUCUGCAGUACAGACAGGAGAAACAAACCUCUAACUUACGGUAAGUUGGGGUUUUUUUUGUUUUUGUUUUUGUUUUUUUUCAAUGAAAAUUUCCAAGGAAGAGGUUCAAUGCCUCAAGAGCAGAAAAUCACUAGUGAAGAAGGAAUCUCUCAAGUCGUAGUACUUAUUUCACUCACCAAAGAAUAUACACAGAGCAAAAAGACUGCAGUUAAAGAUCUAAGCUUCACUUUCUACAGAGAUCAGAUCACAGCUCUCUUGGGGCCCAAUGGAGCUGGCAAGACAAUGGUUAUAUCAAUGUUGACAGGCCUGUCCCCACCCAGUUCUGGUACCAUUAUCAUCAAUGGAAGGGACAUGUGUACUCAUCUGCCUGCUGUCAGACUGGAAAUUGGUGUUUGUCCACAGCACGAUGUACUGUUUGACAUGUUAACUGUGCAAGAGCAUCUGUUGCUUUACGGCUCAGUGAAGGCGUCUCAUUGGACAAAGAAACAGUUAAACCAACAAGUCUUUAGAGCCCUGAAGGAUGUGGGUUUAUCUGAACAUCAGGACAAACUAGCUGGUACCCUGUCUGGGGGAAUGAAAAGGAAGCUCUCAAUUGCUAUUGCCUUUAUUGGAAACUCAAGGACAGUUGUUCUCGAUGAGCCCACCAGUGGUAUAGAUCCAUGUUCACAGCGUAGCAUCUGGGACAUUCUCUUGAAGUACAGAGCUGGUCGCACUCUGAUUUUCACGACUCAGCAUCUCGAUGAGGCAGAAGUGCUCAGCGAUCGUAUUGCUAUCCUGCAGCAUGGGCAGCUGCACUGCUGUGGUUCUCCCUCUUACCUGAAGGAAAAAUAUGGCCAGGGACACAGCCUAACGCUCAUUAAAAAGCCCUCCAUGUUUGAAAUCCAGGAUCCCAAGGAUACCGCAAGAGUUACAUCUCUGGUGCAGUCCCAUCUACCAGAAGCAUUCCUGAAAGAGAACAGUGGGAGUGAGCUGACUUACCUGAUUCCAGAGGUGGCAGACAAGGCCUCCUUUAAAGGUCUUUUUCAGGCUUUGGAUGAAAACCUUCUACAUCUACAUGUAACUAGCUAUGGCAUUUCAGACACUACCUUGGAGGAGGUAUUUUUGAAUAGCUCUCUCAUGGAUGCUCAGACUGUGCAUGGAGCCAGCCUCGCUUUCACACAGAUUGCUGCUCUUCUGUUGAAGAGGUUUCACCACACCAGACAAAACUGGAGAGGAACUCUGUCAAAUGUUUUACUGCCUGUCCUCUUUGUUACCAUGGCAAUGGCCUUGUUUACUGUGAAGCCAUUGGCUAUUGAUUAUCCUUCGCUCAAGUUGACCCCCGGACUUUAUGACAAUGCAGAAUCCUUCUUUAGAAAAAAUGAUUUGUGUUGGCAGACUGAGCCUAGUUCACCCCCAAAAUUUUUGGAUUCUUGUGGGUGUGUGGCAGAUCAACAGAAGUGCCCAAUUAUUAAUAUCUCAGUUCCCUACUUGAAGAAUAUGCAAGGACAUCUCCUGUACAACCUCUCAGGGUUCAAUGUGGAAGAAUAUUUAAUCAGACCUUCUAACAAAGCAAGAUAUGGAGGUUGGACAUUUGGAGUGAAAAUACACCCUGAACUUCAAGGUGUCAAACCAAAUUGGACAAGCUCUAAGCCUUUGGCUAAGGUGUGGUACAACCAGAAAGGGUUCCACUCACUGCCAUCAUACUUAAAUCAAUUGAACAACCUUUUUCUGUGGAUGAAUUUGCCUUCUAAUGUGGACUGGAGACAAUAUGGAAUCACACUAUAUAGUCAUCCAUAUGGAGGAGCCUUGCUGGAUGAGGACAAAAUAAUGGAGAAUAUUCGUCAAUGUGGAGUAGCACUGUGUAUCAUGUUGGGAUUUUCUCUCCUUGCGUCAUCCAUUGGAAGCUCCAUUGUGAAAGAUUGUGAGUCUGGUGCAAAGCGGCUGCAGCACCCCACUGGGCUUGGCUACAAGACCUACUGGCUUGGUAACUUCCUUUAUGAUAUGCUGUUUUACUUGUUUCCAGUUAUCCUGUGCAUUGGUGUUAUUACUGCCUUCCAGCUAUCCGCCUUCACUUUUCGACAGAACUUGGCAGCCACUGCUCUCCUGCUGAUACUCUUUGGAUAUGCAGCUUUACCAUGGAUGUAUUAUGUGUCCAGAUUCUUUUCAAGUUCAGAUGUAGCCUUCAUUUCUUACAUCUCCUUAAAUUUUGUGUUUGGUCUUUGUACCAUGCUGGUGACACUCUUGCCUCGUUUGUUAGCUAUAAUUACCAAAACACAGAGUUUUGAGAAUCUCUACAGAAUCUUCAAAUGGGCUUUUAUUGUUUUCCCCCAAUUCUGCUUGGGCCAGGGUUUAAUAGAAUUCUCCUACAAUCAAAUCAAGUUUGACCUGACAAGUAAUUUUGGAAUUGAUUCUUAUGUGAGUCCUUUUGAGAUGAAUUUCCUUGGCUGGAUCUUCAUGGAAAUGGCCCUGCAGGGAACAGUCCUCCUUCUCCUGCGGGUUUCCUUGCACUGGGAUCUGAUGCAAAAACCAAGGGGCCAUUGUUCCAUCAGCAGCAUAGUCAAUCCUUCAGAAGACAUAGAUGUAGCAAUGGAACGAAAGAGGGUCUUUGGUGGAAGAACUAAUAAUGAUAAUGAUGUCCUUCUGCUAUAUAACCUCAAAAAAUUGUAUCGUGGUUUCAGUAGGAGAAGCACUGCUGUGAAAGACAUCAGCUUGGGGAUUUCAAGGGGGGAGUGCUUUGGACUGCUUGGUACAAAUGGAGCCGGGAAAAGUACAACGUUUAAGAUGCUGACUGGAGACAUCACCCCCACUGCAGGGUGUGCUAUGGUCAGGACCCCAACAGGGUCUGAACUAGAUAUACUGUCUGCUAUCUCUGAGGGCAUUCUGAUUGGCUACUGCCCACAGCAAGAUGCCCUGGACGAACUUCUAACUGGUUGGGAGCAUCUUUAUUAUUACUGCAGACUUUGUGGAGUGCCAACACAAUAUAUUCAUAAGGUAGCUGGGGACCUUGUUAGCCGAUUACAUCUGGACACCCAUGUUGACAAACUGGUGAGGUCAUACAGUGGUGGCACAAGGAGGAAGCUAUCUGCAGCUCUGGCUUUGGUUGGCAAACCACAAAUACUUUUACUGGAUGAGCCCAGUUCUGGAAUGGAUCCAUGCUCUAAGCGGUACCUCUGGAAAACAAUCAUGCAGGAAGUUCAGGAUGGCUGUGCAGCUGUGCUGACAUCACACAGCAUGGAGGAGUGUGAAGCACUCUGCAUGCGGCUUGCUAUUAUGGUUGAUGGCAGUUCCCAGUGUCUUGGUUCUCCCCAACACAUUAAAAACAGGUUUGGAGAUGGAUAUUCGAUCAAAGUUUGCCUUAACAAAGAAACAAGUUAUCAGAAUGCUAUCUUGGACUGUCUGCAGCUACAUUUUCCAGGAACACAAUUUAAGGUAAGACAGCAUCUUAAUCUGCUGGAGUAUCAUGUCCCACGCAGAUGGGGCUAUUUAGCAGAGCUCUUCAAAGUCCUGGAAAACCACAAACUUUUGUUCCAGAUCAAACACUACUCCAUUAGCCAAACCUCUUUAGAACAGUUUAGUACCUUUCCACAUGUGCAAAUCAUUCAUGAAACUACUUGUACUUUAGCUAUUGAUUAA